AUGGUGGUGGAAAAAGAAGACCUGAGUUUGAGCUUGACUGGUGGGCAGGUUGUGAAGGGCGGCGCGUGCUCUCCAAACAGCACGAUCUCGAGUUCGAGCGGGAAGAGGAGCAGCGGUGAGGCGUACGGUGACGUGGACAGGGCUUGCUCACGUGGCACCAGUGACGAGGACGAAGAUGACACAGACGACACUGUUUGUCGGAACAAAAGUGGUAGUAAUAAGAAGCUGAGGCUGUCUAAAGAUCAGGCAGCCGUCCUCGAACAAACCUUUAAAGACCACAAUACCCUCAAUCCCAAGCAAAAGACGAGCCUAGCAAAGAGGCUUGGGCUAAGGGCACGGCAAGUGGAGGUGUGGUUCCAAAACCGGAGGGCUCGGACGAAGCUAAAGCAAACGGAGGUCGACUGUGAGUACCUCAAGAGAUGCUUCGAAACGCUGACCGACCAAAACCGGAGGCUCGAGAAGGAGGUCCAACAGUUGAGGGCCUUAAAGUUUUCUCCACAAAUGUACAUGCAGUUGUCCUUGUCCCCCACCACACUUACCGUGUGCCCCUCGUGCAAUCGGACUGUGGGCCCACCACGGACUGUCGUGCCCUUUGGCGCUCGUCCGUGGGGCCCGGCUCGCUUCCAGCGCGCUGGAUCUUGA